AAGCUACUUCUUCGACAACUACUACGACAGUAGACUGUUCUAAUUUGCCAAAAGAAAUACUACUUUGGAACACAUUUUUUGAAGAAGUGAAUCAGUUCGACUUCGAUAAAGAACUGAAAUUCAAAAUACCGCAUUUUCAAAUUUAUUCUAAUGUAGUCAGUGAAGAGGAUGUUCGUGACACUUUUCAUAACAAUAUUUGUUUAGUAUUAAAUGAGCUUUUUCUAGAUUAUCUGUUUUCGAGACAGUCAACCCCCCUAGGCAGAUCCGAAAGCAAGGAUAGUGAAUCAGCAGAUUUAAACUAUAUGUGUCAAAAUCAACUUCAAUAUAUUGAUGAAGGUUCGGAUACACAUGUUACUCGAUCAAUAGUUUCCAGAAAAAGAAAGAACCCAACUUCCGAUAACUCAGAAAAUCAGCAAAAUCAGCGGAAUCUUAACUUUGCGGACUUCAAAUUUAUUAGUAUUUUAGGCCAAGGACGAAUUAAAAUUGCCUUGAAGACUGCUGAUCUAUGCAAAACCUCAUCAAAGAUCUUGAAAGAAAUACAAAAAGAAGUCAAAAUCUAUAAAUAUCUUGUGGACAUUCAAAAGAUAUACAUUCCAAAAUUGGUAUGUUAUGGCUACUUUGAAGGUGUAUGCUAUGUUAUUGGUACAUCUUUUGUUGGUACUUUCCUAAAUAAUUGUGAAAAUUUAACAAGUCAGCAAAAAACUAAUGCUCUUCGAGCAUUUAUGAUUUUGGAGGACUUAAUAAAGAAGAGUGAACUUUUUGAUGAAGAACAAGACGAAUUAUCUUUGUUGCUAAAUGAUAUUGUGCCAUUUAAUUUGUAUGCUGGGCGGAAUAGGAAAAAGGGUCACAGGUUGACCAGAAUUAUAAUUACGGCCUAUGUAGAUCUUUUUAAAUUCAGCUAA